AUGCUGCCUCGAGGGCGCCUGCGGGCGCUGGGGGCCGCCGCGCUGCUGCUCCUGCUGCUCCUCGUCGGACUCUUCCUGUUCGGAGGGGACCCAGAGGAUGGACGGCUGCGGGCAGCUGCUACCCUCGAGGAAGACCCGCUGGCGGGCCACGGGGGCCACAACCGCUCCAGCUGUGUCCCGCAGCCGCCGUUGCCACCCAAGUGUGAGAUCUUGCACGUGGCCAUCGUGUGUGCGGGACACAACUCCAGCCGGGAGGUCACUACCCUGGUGAAGUCCCUGCUGUUCUACAGGAAGAACCCGCUGCACCUGCACUUGGUGACUGACACCGUGGCCAGAAACAUCCUGGAGAUGCUGUUCCACACGUGGAUGGUGCCUGCCGUCCAGGUCAGCUUCUACGCCGCCGAUCUUCUCAAGCCCCAGGUCGCCUGGAUCCCCAACAAACACUACUCCGGUGUCUACGGGCUAAUGAAACUCGUGCUGCCUGCCAUCCUGCCGGCCAACCUGACCCGGGUCAUUGUCCUGGACACCGACGUCACCUUUGCCUCUGACAUCGCUGAGCUCUGGGCGCUUUUUGCUGAGUUUUCUGACGAGCAGGUGAUCGGUGUUGUGGAGAAUCAGAGUGACUGGUACCUGGGAAACCUCUGGAAGAACCACAGGCCCUGGCCUGCCCUAGGCCGAGGAUUUAACACAGGUGUGAUCCUGCUGUGGCUGAGCCGGCUGCAGCAGGCUGGGUGGGAGCAGCUGUGGAGGCUGACAGCCCGGCGGGAGCUCGUCACCCUGCCUGCCACCUCACUGGCUGACCAGGACAUCUUCAAUGCCGUCAUCAAGGAGCACCCGGGACUGGUACGGCCCCUGCCCUGCGUCUGGAACGUGCAGCUGUCUGAGCACACGCUGGCCGAGCACUGUUACUCCGAAGCAUCGGAUCUCAAGGUGAUCCACUGGAACUCGCCCAAGAAGCUGCAGGUGAAGAACAAGCACGCUGGAUUCUUCCGCAACUUCCACUUGAGCUUUCUGGAGUACGACGGGAACCUGCUGCGCAGAGAGCUCUUUGGGUGUCCCAGCCCGCCGCCACCCGGGGCUGAGCAGUUGCAGCAGGCCCUGGCACAGCUGGACGAGGAGGAUCCUUGCUUCGAGUUUCGCCAGCAGCAGCUCACUGUGCACCGUGUGCACAUCACCUUCCUGCCCCAUGAGCCGCCAACGCCCCAGACUCAUGACGUCACCCUGGUGGCACAGCUCUCCAUGGACCGGCUACAGAUGCUGGAAGCACUGUGCAGGCACUGGCCGGGCCCCAUGAGCCUGGCCUUGUACCUGACAGAUGCAGAGGCCCAACAGUUCCUGCGGUUUGUCGAAGCCUCGCCGGUUCUCUCGGCCCGGCAGAACAUGGCCUACCACGUAAUGUACCGUGAGGGUCCCCUCUACCCAGUGAACCAGCUCCGCAAUGUGGCCUUGGCUCAGGCCCUGACGCCUUACGUCUUCCUCAGUGAUAUUGACUUCUUGCCUGCCUACUCUCUCUACGACUACCUCAGGGCCUCCAUCGAGCAGCUGGAGCUGGGCAGCGCGCGCAAGGUGGCGCUGGUAGUGCCGGCAUUUGAGACUCUGCACUACCGCUUCAGCUUUCCCACUUCCAAGGCAGAACUGCUGGGCCUACUGGACGCCGGCUCCCUCCACACCUUCAGGUACCACGAGUGGCCCCAGGGACAUGCGCCCACAGACUAUGCCCGCUGGCGGGAGGCCCAGGUGCCAUACCAUGUGCAGUGGGCAGCUGACUACGAGCCCUACGUGGUGGUGCCACGUGACUGUCCCCGGUAUGAUCCCCGCUUUGUGGGCUUUGGCUGGAACAAGGUGGCACACAUUGUGGAGCUUGAUGCACAGGAAUACGAGCUCCUGGUGCUGCCUGAGGCCUUCACCAUCCACCUGCCCCACGCGCCAAGCCUUGACCUGUCCCGUUUCCGCUCCAGCUCCACCUACCGCCACUGCCUCCAGGCCCUCAAGGAAGAGUUCCACCAGGACUUGUCCCGCCACUACGGGGCUGCUGCCCUCAAAUACCUCACUGCCUUGCAGCCGCGGAGCCUGGCCUGA